GAAUAUGGCAUUACACAGGAAGCUUAUUAGUUGAAAAACUCUAUAUGCCAAAUGAGGAGCUUUUUGACAUCAGGUGGAAACCUGUUCCUGAAGGUUACUAUAAAGCAAAGCCUACAACAUACACACCUGUACGAGGAAUACAAUCAAUAUGCCCUGCAACAUCCAAAGAAGUGUACAGACCUCCUGGUGCUCUGGGAAAGCCUUCAACUUUCAAACUUCACGAGGAUGAAUCUCCUGCUUCUAAAACUGAUUCAAGUAAUGCUGCCAUCUCAAAGAAUAAAAAGAAAAAUAUGGCUCGUAAAGCAAAAAAGAACGAAAAUAAUGCUGAAAUACCAAAAGCCGUUGAAGAUCUCAAACCGCCUGUUUCUGAAGCUCCAGCCAAAAAUGACGUGUCUUCGAAAACAGAAUUAACAGGCGACCCAGAAAAGGAUAAAAAAAUUCGAUCUCUCUUAAAAAAACUGGAUCAGAUUGAGAAACUGAAGAAAGAUCAAGCAGCUGGGAAAAAACUAGAGCUUAAUCAGCUGGAAAAAAUUAAAAAAGCAGUUGAGUUAGAAGAAGAAUUAAGUGCACUUCAGCUAAAUUGAUUUCAACAUAUUUUUACAAGCUCUGAUAAAGUUCUUUUGUAAAUAAAGUCUGAUGAUUUUAA